CAACUCCAGCUCAUCCUCCCCAUCUUGCAAUCCCGAGUGAAGCAGCAGCCAUUGCUAACGAGAGUGGAGUGGCAGAGCAGUUUGUGUUUGCUUUUCUCUUGCUUGAUUGGUUGAUCGGUGUCUCGAUCCAUCGUCGGAGGUACAUAUAGCUAGCGAAGAAUUCUACGGCCACCGGCGACGACCCCAAGUGAUCCUUGAGGAUGUUGAACACGACGGUGGCUAUGGUCAGCAGCGGCGGCAAGGGCAGCGUGUUGCCGCUGGCGUCCCUGAACCAUAUCAGCAUAGUGUGCAGGUCAGUGGAGGAGUCGCUCGACUUCUACAUGAACGUCCUCGGGUUCACCCCCAUCCGUCGCCCCGGCUCCUUCGACUUCGACGGCGCAUGGUUGUUCAACUACGGCAUCGGCAUCCACCUGCUGCAGUCGGAGCACCCCGAGAGCUUACCGGCGAAGAAGGAGAUCAACCCCAAGGAUAACCACAUCUCUUUCCAGUGCGAGAGCAUGGUGGCUGUCGAGCGGCGGCUGAAGGAGCUGGGCAUCCAGUACAUCAAGCGGUGCGUGGAGGAGGGGGGCAUCAACGUGGACCAGAUCUUCUUCCACGACCCCGACGGCUUCAUGAUCGAGAUCUGCAACUGCGACAACCUCCCGGUCGUCCCGCUCGCCGACCAGACGUUCGCCAUGGCCGCCUGCAAGAGGUUCGCCCCCGUCAAGCAACAACAGCUGCCCAUGCCAGUGGCACAAGCGCCUCCUGCUCCGCCGGCGGCGGCCACACAGUGCAUUCCGGCGCCAAACCCGGCGAUGCAGCGCGUCGGCGCUGAGGAUGUGGCGCAUAUCUCGUGCGCGUGAGGGGUGGGAGGGGGACGGGAGGCGGGGGUAGCCAGGCCGCCGAACUGGUGGCAAGCUCAGUGGAGUCGUGGAUUUUGUACAUUGGUAUGACAGUGCGCGUAUGAAUAAAACAUGGGAACAGGUGUAGUUUUAGCUCCAAA